UCCCGGCCCGGAGUACUCCGCUCCAGAGAUUGUUAUCGCCCAGGGACUGAGCCCAAGACCACGUCCCCUAGCGACCAACGAGCCAAUGGAGGAGGGCUUUGCUGGUUGCUAAGGGAAACCUCUAGAAGCAAGAUGGCAGCUGCCAGCCAGAGAAGGCCAACCUCCCGUCUGCAACCCCGCGACCCGCAGGGGCGACCACCGCAGGAUGGUUACGGCGUCUACAUAUACCCGAAUUCUUUCUUUCGCUACGAAGGGGAAUGGAGAGGAGGGAAGACACACGGUCGUGGGAAGCUGAUGUUUAAAGAUGGAAGUUAUUACGAAGGCGAGUUUGUGGAUGGAGAGAUCAUGGGAGAAGGCUGCCGGCACUGGGCCUCAUCAGGAAACACCUAUUCUGGACAGUUUGUUUUGGGAGAGCCUCAAGGCCAUGGCGUCGUGAAGUACAAAGCCGGUGGACGUUACGAAGGGGAGCUCUCCCACGGCAUGAGAGAAGGACACGGGUGUCUGGUGGACCAGGACGGGCAAGUGUACCGGGGGUCGUUUCACAACAACAAGCGACAUGGCCAAGGGCAGAUGGCUUUUCAGAACGGUGACAAGUAUGAUGGCGACUGGGUUCGGGACCAGCGUCAGGGGCACGGGGUGCUGUGGUGUGCAGACGGCUCCACCUAUGAGGGACAGUGGCACAGUGACGUCUUCAGCGGACUAGGCCGCAUGGUCCACUGCUCCGGGGUCAUCUACCAUGGGAUGUGGAUCAACAGCCACCCAGCGGCACAAGCCACGAGGAUCGCGAUCUUGGGUGCGGAGGUGAUGGACGUGGCUCACGGCUCCUCCUUCACGCUGCACGUGGAGCUGCAGCAGGACGACGGGGAAGUGGCUGAGAGUGAGGACGGCCGGGUUUUGGAGAUUUCAGCAGGCGUCAGGCACGUGCAGCUCCCAGCCUACUCGGAGGUCAGCUUCUUCAAAGUGGACGAGGGCAGCCACGAGGUGCCCAUCCAGACCCCGUUUGGGUUUGAGUGCAUCGCCUACCCUCUGUUGAGCCCCACGCCUGGGGGCCCAAAGCCCGGAGCUGCCCCAGAAAGUGCCGGCGCCGAUUCACCUUUCCCCAAGGGAGACCUGGCGGUGACGAUGGCAUCAGGUGCUUUGCGUGACCAGGAGGACACCCCCAGCGGCCUGCCUGCUGGGGAAGGCGCACCCCAUUGUCCUGCAGACUGUCGGCGAGUGGAGAGAGGCCGUGCCCAGUUCGUGGAUGUCCGCCUCGGGCCCCCUCCACCCGGGUACCACCCGGUCCCGUUCCUGGACAGCGAGCACAAGAGGGCAAGCAGCGGUCCCAGAGGCAGCUCAGGUCCCAAGAGGAGGACGCCCACCGUGCGGGACCCACCAGCAGGCAGCAGGCUUGAUGGGGCGGCUGAGGCAGAGCCGGUGACAGCAGCCUUACCAGGGGAGUAUGUCAUCAAGAUCCGCGACGUGACCACCCCUCCGUUCCUGGGCCGCACGCUGCCCACCGCCUUCAAACACCUUCGGGUGUCUCCAAAGGGGACGGGCCAGCAACUCCACAUCCCAGGAGAAGGUCCCGAAGCCCCAAACUAGGAGGGCCGCCUGGAUACAGCAAGAAGCAGCCAGUGCCCUCCCAGGAGACCACCUCCUUGUGAGAGGAAGGAUACAAUGCGCCUGCGUUCCGGAGUGCCGCCAUCUCCCCAGCGGGUCUGAGUGAGGGUGCCAAGGGAGCCCCCACGCACCCCAUAGCCAAUGGCUUUAAUAAAAUAUUCAACACUGA